CGCAUGUGCAAACAAAAUGGCCGAUGAUACUAACUGUAAUCUGUGUCCACGUAAAUUUAGUGUGAUUUAGCUGCAUAUCUUAGAUCGGUUUAAGAUCUUCCAAAAACGAGCAUUUGAAUAAUGUCACUUGAUCAUAAUCCCCAAUGUUCUGCCUGCAAAAUAGCGAAUUCUUUGAUGUGGAGGAGAGGGUCUAAUGGCGAAAUCCUUUGUAACAGCUGCCAUUUGAAGCGAGUUAAUUCUAGCGUUCGUGCUCAGCGACAAAGCUCUAAGGAGAGCAAAAAGCUCAUUGCAAGGAUUAAGGCAGGAACACGAAAAGGUUGGAAUGGAAAGUCAGGGGAAAGAUCAAGAGGUCGCCGUUCCUUGCAAAAGAUGAAACGAAAGCCUUAUAAGUCACCAGAGGGUUUUGCUACUGUAGUUGCAGCUGACAGGAUUUACUUCAAAGGUAUUCUUUACCAGGCUGGUGACAUAGUAUCCAUCGAAGACAUAGAGGGUGAUCUGUAUUAUGCCCAGCUUAAAGGCUUUCUUCAAGAUCAGUAUGCACAGAAAACUGCAGUUAUUACAUGGCUUCUACCUAUGGUUCCUAAACCAUCACACUUUGAUCCUGCUCUCUUUUUACCAGGACCUGAAGAAGACACUCCUAGACCGAUGGAAUGUAUGGAGUUUGUUUGUAGAGCCCCAACAGAACUGUUUAAAGCCAGAAGAGAACAUCCUCCAUUUGUAACUCCACGACAACCCGACCUUAAUGAUUUAGCAACAGUUGCAGAACAACUUCUCUCAAAUGAAAAUCACCAACAGUUAUAAGUUGACAUUACUCUAGUUGGUGUAGUACCCGUAUGCCUUGUUUGGGUAUUGCACAGCAAAUUUUAUCUUUGUUGGAGCUCUUUCGAACAUUUUCUCUCCAUUUAGCAAGAGACAUACAGUUCACAACCAAAUGACUUUGAAAACUUAGUCAUUGAAAAGGAUGUUCAUGAUUUAAAACUGCCUACACGUACAUAUGGGAAUUGUGUGUAGUAUACUUAACUCUGUAUUUGACCAAAACUUUCUCUCAUUUCCUUACUCAGACCUUUAUUAAUUACUUUUAACCCUUAACACCUAACAUCAGUAUGCAUAUUCUCCAUACUAUUCACUACACAUUUCCUAAGGUGCAAACAAGAGCUGCUUUAGUUUAAUCUUGUGACCUUAAUUAAUGUUUGAUUCAAGGGUGAUAUUGUAAGAGGGGAAUUAGAUGCAAAUCACUCUUACAGGUCAAAGGAUUAAUGAUAUCAUAAUUAAUUUGAGAAUAUUCACAUUACAUUGCUGUUUCUUCAGUUCUGCCUGAUCGAAUAGAGAUAAAUUACCAGCUGAAUAGGAGUUGAUAAUCCAGGACAUAAUAGACUAUUCAACAUAGCAGAAUACAUACUAUGUGGAUGAAAACUGCAGAGAUUCAAUACAUAAUGGACUUUCUUAAAACAGUGAACAUGGUUUGACAAUAUUACAAAAGAUCCUAGGUUGACAGAGGAAGUAAAAGUUAGUGUCUGAUUGCCAACUAAAGCUUGCUGGUAGUGCAGCCAAUUCCUGGCUACUGGCUGGCAUUUCUGGUCAAUCAUUUACCACAUAUAGUAACCAAAGCUUGCUCUUGAACAGCUACAUUGCUGUUAAGUUAAGUUAAUCCAUUCCAUCACUUGAUUGAAAGUACUGGUCCUUUUUUUCCAUG